AAACGGGAGAUGGCGGUAAUGAACGCCUUAAACCGCAAAGAAGAAGAAGAAGAAAACUAUUUCAUUUUCUCUUUUUUGAAUCGUGUGCUCAGUCUGCUGCUCUAUAGGAAUAACUUCAUGCUUCUUUUUUUAACAGUUUAUAAACAUAUUUAUUUGUACAUUAGUCACUCUGUUGCUCUCUAGUGAGGUUUGAAAACAAUUGUCGCUGUCACUCGAGUGGAUGUAGAUCAGAAACAAAUGAGCAUUAAUGAUAAUAACACUAUCCAUCAAAAGUCCAUUCUAAAUUAUGAAGAGCACUAUUAAAACCGUCCUGUGUUUGCUAAUGAUGUGUGGAGUGUUUUGUGCUGAAACAGAUGAAGUGAAGUCAGUGUCAGUGAUGGAGGGAGAUUCUGUGACUCUAAACCCUGAUCUCACUCAAAUAAAGGGAAUCGUCCUGCUAUUGUGGAGGUUUGGUGAUAAAGGUUCCACCAUUGCUCAAAUUGACGAAGAUGAAAUCUUAUAUAACAAUAAUGAGAUUUUCAAAGACAGAUUGCAGCUGGAUCAGUCGGGGUCUCUCACCAUCAAUAACACUAGAACCAAACACACUGGACUCUAUGAAGCAGAAAUCAGCCACAACACUGGAACCUUAUAUAUUAAGUUCCGUCUUACUGUCUAUGAGUCUCCAUCUGUUAUUGAUGCUGGUGAGGCUAAUAUGAAGCUCAUGUCAGUGACGGAGGGAGAUCCUGUGGAUCUUCAGGUUCCUCCACUUUACGGAGAUGAACUGAUAGUGUGGAGGUUUGGAGAUAAAGGAAAACUCAUAGCUAAACAUGAUAUGGAGGCCAAGAGCUCACAAUUAUAUGAUGAAACUGACGAGAGAUUCAGAGACAGACUGAAGCUAGACAAUCAGACUGGAUCUCUUAGCAUCACAAACACCAGAACCACAAACGCUGGACUCUAUAAUGCGAAAAUCAGCAGCAACAAACAGACCUUAUACCAGAAAUACUUUGUUACUCUCAGUGUUCCAGGUCUGUGUCCGGCUGCUGUAGUAGGGAUUGUUGUUGUUGUUGUUGUUCUGCUGGUAAUAGUUGCAGCUGCUGGUGUUUUAUUUUAUUGGAGCAGGACCUCUGAACUAAAAAAUCAAAAGUCCAACAUCUCUGAACGCCAAAAUGAAACAUUGGAGAUCUCUGACAAACUAAAGCGAAUGUCUGAAAUCUCUGAACAACUAAAAGAAAUGACGGAGGACUGUGAAAAAGAACUGCAAGCUGAGAUAUCUGAACAUCAUCAAACAAUGAGGAUCUCUGAACUACUAAAGCAAAUGUUGAAGAACUCUGAACAACUGAAGCAGAUGUCGGAGGAAUGUGAAAAAGAACUGCGCAAGAUCUCUGAACGACUGAAGCAAAUGUCUUUGACAAAUAAAAAGGAAAUCUCUGAACAGGAAAUAUGUGCUGAUGCCACAAAAGAAAAGAUGGAGAAAGGUGAAAGUGAGCGGUGUAUUGUUGUUAAAGACACUGCCAUAAGUCAGGCGAUUGGUGAGCCACGUGGUGCUGAUAGGAGAGCCCUAGACAUGCAUGGCAAGAGCCUGUAAUUCGUAGUCUGUAACACUACUGCUGAACAUACUGGAGUUCAUGAAUCAACAGGAAAAGGAGGGAAUGAAGAAACACCUUUUAUUAGUGAAUGAGCAGCAGAAGAAGAGUUGAGAGAAAUGAACCUUGUCCGCUCUCAUACGCUCACUUUGACAAUAGAACCACUAAUUAAAUACAAACACUACUAUUUGAACAGGAACAUACAACUAUAUCAUUUAAAUAUAGCACAUCAGUUCAACAUGGUAACACUGUCUUGAUCUCCUUCUCGUUAUAUCUGUCAGAAAAACACUAAGCGCUCUCUGCUAAGCUACGACGAAUCAGGCAUCUUCACUACAGUUUUCAAGCUUUCAAAUAUUUUUCUCUUAAGAAGAAAAUUAUGGUCUUUAUCUGAUUGAACAAAUGGCAGUUCUUACUGAAAAUUUUCUGAUAAACCCAAUGAAACACCAA